CAGACCCCCCCUUCCCGGUCUGUGACCUGAUCCUGAGAGGCUGAUGCAGGGAAGUGAAUGAGUUCAGGGAUGAGCAGAAAUAAAAAUGAUGAAGAUGACUACUGGAACAGCACAAAAUGCAAAGCUUUCAUGUUUGAUGACGACGACGAAUAUGCAGAGCUGAAAGAGUCCAAGCGAGCAGUGAACAGCCUCCAUGGCAUCGUGGACGACGAUGAUGAUGAUGUGGAGAAGGUCAGCUGGAGCGGAGAGCCUGUUGGAAGUAUUUCCUGGUCAAUCAAAGAAAAUGCAACAGGGGGCCGAUCAGGAGAUCUCCGAGACCUGGCGGCCUCACGGUCUAGCUCUGACACAACGCAGCAGACUGUUUCCAAGCCUGCCUCCACUUAUUCUCUGAGCAGCUUUUUCAAAGGUAAAAGGGAUUCUUCAGGUGCUUUAUUUGGGAUCACUCGACCUGGGAGUUUCCAGUCGCUUUCUGAUCCUGCUGCAGGCAUAUCUACUGUGACAGGAUAUGCACCUGAUCUACGUAAAUCAAAGACAGAUUACAAGGACUUUUUGAUGGACUGGAGCCCACAGCAGACAGUUAAACAGAUGCAGAAAGGCCGAAUGUAUUCCUUGGAGAGGUUUCGCUCUUUGAAGGAAAAACUGCACCUUGUAGAUGAAGCCGUGCGAACGCAUGAUGGAAAUGUCAUCACUGCCGUUUUGAUAUUCCUGAAAAAAACAUUAAGCAAAGAGGUUCUGUUUCGAGAGCUGGAGUACAGGGAGGUUGCCCUACAGCAGUUUGUCCACUAUCUGAAGGAGAAGGGAGAGCAGAAACUGCUGCUGGAGAUGCUCAAAGCCCUGGGGAGGACAGAAGAGGCUGCACUCUUGCAAUACAAGGAACAUUUGAAUAUUGAAAACCACAUUAAGAAAGCAGAAUAUUUAAAAAACUGUCUUGGGCUCCCAUUUGCUGGUGAUGAUGCCACCUUUGUCGAAGAACACUAUUCCCUGCUGGACAGACAGAUUAUUAUUGAAGAGAACGAUAAGCGGGUUGAGGCAUCUGGACAGAUGGAAGUGUUCAAGAAACACCCCAGGAAGGCUUCCAUCCUGCACAUGCCACUCGUGACAACACUUUACUACUCCUGCUUUUACCAUUACGGAGAAUCGGAGGGAACAUUCAGUAGCCCAGCAAAUUUGAAAAAAACUUUCAAGAUUUCAGACAAACAGUACUUACUCACUACACUGGCAGCUCGUGCCAAACUGAAGGCUUGGAGAGACGUUGACAGUUUAUUUACCACAAAGAAUUGGCUAGGAUAUACCAAGAAGAAAGCGCCAAUUGGAUUUCAUCGAGUUGUCGACAUCUUGCACAAGAACAAUGCUCCGGUUGAGGUUAUUCAGGAAUACAUAGCUUUAGUGGAUAACACAGAACUGAAGUUAAACCUUGGAACAAAGUAUAAGUGCCAUAACAUUGUGAUUGAUACCUACAGGGAUCUUAAAGAUCGCCAGCAGCUGAUUCAGUACAGAAACAAAGUGGACAAAAGCUCACAGGAACAGAGGAAGAUAGACUACAUCUUGAGCAAUUCUCAAAUCCGAUGGAAAAAUUGAUGGCUGAAGAUUCCAUGCAGGAACGUCUCCAGUGCUAAGGAAGGAGAGGGCUGGAGAACCUGGCAGUGAGGAUGAGAAGGCAUCAUCUUCAUCCACCUUCUGAGAACCACUGGACCUCUUCUCCCUUGUUUAAAAUUGAUAAUUAUGGGAGCUUAGAAGUUAAGUGUCUUAUCCAUGUAUACUUCAUGUGUAUCAAUUGGUUCAGUUGCAAGGGUAAUGACUUUUAACAGUGGGGGGAGGGACGUGGGAGAUGCUGAAGCACAGUGAGACUCAAGGUGGAGGCGUAGGUCACCUGGCCAAAAAUAUCGAGCACAUGAUCGUGUUAUUUGGAAAUUCAGCUCUUUUGGUUUUAGCCGGUACGUGUUGCUGGCUGGCCUCACCAAUUUGACUUUGAAAGAUGAACAUACUGUUGGAGAAUAGCUUAUUUAUUGCCUGCGUGUGUGGACCCCGGCUCCUCCGAGUAACCCACAAAAGGUGAAAGUCUAAUUCCUUACCAUUAUUCCAGCAUUAACGAGAGGUAAGAUGCUUGUACAGAAACCAGUAAAAAGUCAUUCAUUUAGAAUACAUUUUUAAUAAAUUGCCAAACUCUG